AUGGCUCCUCGUAAUGUCGAUCCCAGUUUCAAUUCUAUGGAGGACCUAGUAUUUUUAGGGGCCAGAUAUAAAUAUAUUACCUCGAAAGAGUAUUUGGAGAUGGAAUAUGGAUCCAAAAAAGGUAGUUUCAUUAUGAAGUUCAUUGAUUGUAUUCAUAAGAAAAUAAACCAUGAAGUUAAUAAGACUAAUGAUAAAUAUAUCAAGCAGUUGAAUCCAUGGAUAAAGAGCAAUUGUUCUUUUACUGGUAACAUUAUCCAAAGAGGUGAUUCCGAUUACAGAUUAGGCUCAAAUGAAGAGGAGAGGAUGAAGGUAAGAGUGUUCGGGAACAUAAUAUAUAGGGGAGAGAAAGAAAUGCUAUUGCCGUUGGACUUUACUGCUAAUAUCCCCGAAGAUAAUGGUACUAAGGAAAACCAAUAUGAAUUCCUCAAUUGUUUGAAAAGCUCAACAUUGAUUGGACAAAUCAUGCGUGAAAAUAUCGAUAAUGAACUUUCUGGAUCUAAAUCUGAUGAAAAUUACAUAUUAUCAUCUAUCUGGGCAAAUUUCAUGGAAGGUUUAAUCAAUCACUAUUUGGAAAAAGUUAUUGUUCCACAGUCAGAAGUUAAAGUAUACAAAGAAUUAUACAAUCCAAUGAUGAAGAUCAUAUCUUUAUAUAAUGAAUAUAAUGAAUAUAAUAAAUUGAUAGCUGAGACUGAAGAAAGCCGUCUUCUAACACCAAGUGAUAGAUGUAAAUUUCACUUAAGCGAUAAUAUCGGUAUUAAUGGCAAGAUUGAUAAUAAAAAUAAUAAUAACCCUAAAAGACUCCAUAAUAAAAGACUGAGCCACAAAUUUUCUAUUACUAAGAAUUUGGAUCCAGAAAGAGUCCAAAAGGCCGAAGAGUUGUUAAANNACAUGCUUGCCAUGAUAUUCCUAAGACCCAUUAACAAUGAAUUGACAUUGUUGUCGGAAUUCUACUCUACUGCACUGGCUGAUGAACAAGGUUAUCAACUAGAAGAAUUUCUAGAUUAUGCUGAAGGAUAUAUUGAACAGGUAUACUUACCUCACUUAGUCAGAGUCCUAUUUGCUAAUUGUGGUACUGAUUUAUUUUGGAAAACAAUGCUUAUAUUAGAACCCUUUUUUUACUACAUUGAAGAUAUAGGUGAAGAGGAAGUUGAUGAUGAAGAAGAAGAGAAAGAAGAACGAAAAGCUGAUACAUUACUUAGAGGUGAAUCACAUAGAACGACUAGCAACGAUAAUAUAAGAUACUGCAUAGAUCCAAGGGUAACUACAUUCGAGAAAAUUUGUGGGGGAGCAGCAGGGCAGCAUUAA